GCUGUUUUUACACUCAAAAAUUGCUCUGCAUAUAAAUUUUAGGUAGUAAUUUAUAAAAACUUUUCGCAGGAAAACUUUCGAUAUGUUGGCUGUGAAAGGGGUGUGCACCUUGUGUAAGGAAGAGCUUUCCAUUUUUCGUGCUGGACUCGUGUGUUUUAAUUGUGAAAAGUUUGUCCACGGCAGUUGCUGUAAACCGCCACAAGAUAUGAGUGCCUUACAAAAGUACGUAAUUGCCUAUUCAUCAUGGUAUUGCGAGAAAUGCUACAACAGGUACAGCAAAGAUAUAACUUCGAGGGGUAACGCGGAUCGAAUCGUGGUGGAGAAGAAGAUGGACCUAUUAAACCAAAUUCGUGAUCUUAUUAUGAAAAUCGAGGACACCCUUCGCUCGAUGGGCCAACGGUGUAAGCAAAUGAAUGACAGGGCAAUAUCUCUCACAAUGGAAAAUGAAGAACUUAAAAAACAAAUCUUAUUGCACGAAAAAUUUCUUAAAGACAAACCAAAAAAUUUCAAACAAUGGAAAGAACGACGGAAAAUUUUGGGCGUGGCUAAACGCGAAAAAAGAGCCAUUAAAUAUUGGCUACCAUUAGAUGUGGAUGGUCCUUCUAAAAGGAAAGAACUACUGACAUUUAUUAAAAAACAGCAAGGGUUGUCAGAGAAGGAAGCAAAUAAGGCUGUUUAUACUUCCACUAGGAAGAAAGAAAAAUUAUUCAAGCAUAAAGCUCCAGAUAGUUCUAUUAGUUUUCAAAUUUAUCAAACCAUUAAUAAUAUUUCGAAAAGUCGGCUAGCUAACGUGUUCCUUAUAGCUGUUAUUGUAAUCUACACGCUCCUGGGCGCCCUCGUUUACACAUAUGUGGAAGGAGCAUAUGAAAGUGACUUAAGAGACCAAAUUGUAAACGAGAGAAAUCGCUUGAUACGGGAUGGAAAUCAAACCGUGGACGAGGUUCGGCACUAUUUCGAUUUUCUUUCUGAAAUAUUUGGCAACCACAGCAAAGUUCUCACUAGAGGCGACGAAGAGCUGGCCUGGGAUUAUAUCGAUUCGAUUUACUUCUGCGGUAUGACGUACACGAGUGUAGGAUAUGGUGAUAUUACACCGAUGACAUCUGUAGGUAAAGUAUUCACCAUAAUCUACGCUUUCUUCGGUAUCCCGAUGUUUUUAAUGCUACUUGCAUCACUUGGAAGUUAUGUGUGCAAAGGCAUUUUAUUUGAUAUUUCACUGAUGACUAGGUGUUGCUUGAAAAUGUGCUGUAAAGAUAGUAGAAUUGUCAAACGGUUAAAUGACGUCGAAGACUAUGAUGAUGAAACAAAAGCCAUAGUUGACCAGGGCUGUGGCGUUCUUUUAUAUUUCAUCGUGACAUUGAUUGUUACUUUUUUGGUAGGCGCUGUGCUGUUCAUGUUUGGUGAAAAUUUGCAAUUCAUGCCAGCUUUGUAUUUCAUAUUCAUAACACUGAGUACGCUUGGGUUUGGUGAUACUGUACCUAAUAAUAGAGCAUUUAUGAUAGCGUCCGUUGUUUACAUUGUAGUGGGACUCACAAUGGCGUCUACCGCCAUUAAUGCCAUUAUGUAUGUGUUGAAAGAAAAAUUAUCUUCUGGAUUUCACAAAUUGGGAAAGAAAGUGGAUGAAAUGGAGACUGGUGUUUACACGGAAGACUAUGACGCUUAGACAAGGAUUCAAAUGGUUCAUUUACAAAUUGGCCACAUUAAAAAAGGCUCUUCCUGUAAAAGGAUUUUGUAUUUUAUGAAAUAUAAUAAUUUAUAUGCGUG